GAUCAGGAGCGGGCGGACAAGCUGCAGAAGUUGCAAGCGGAAAGGGAGGAGAAGGGCAGGCUGAAAGAAGAAGCGAAAGCGGCCAAAGAGCGAGCCAAGGAGGAGGCGAAGAAGAAGAAGGAAGAAGAGAAAGAGUUGAAAGAGAAGGAAAGGCGGGAAAAGAAAGAAAAAGAGGAGAAGGAAAAAGCUGAGAAGCUGCGAGUGAAGGAGGAGAAACGCAAGGAGAGGCAGGAAGCUUUGGAGGCGAAGCUCGAGGAGAAGAGAAAGAAAGAAGAGGAGAAACGGUUAAGAGAGGAGGAGAAGCGUAUUAAUGCCCAGAAAGCAGAAAUUACGAGGUUCUUCCAGAAACCAAAGACUCCACAAGCCCCGAAGAUUCUUGCUGGCUCCUGUGGCAAGUUUGCUCCUUUUGAAAUUAAGGAGAACAUGGUCUUAGCUCCCCUCUCUCGUAUUGCGCUGGAUCCGGACUUCUUAGACCAGCUGGACAAGCUCCUGCGUGCACAAAACAGCGACGUUUCUUUCUUGAGGGAGCUGAAGUGCCGUAAACCACGUAAAACCGGACCUACUUUUGUCAAAAACAGCACUGACGAAGUCAACAGCGACGUGGUGGUAGUGGAUAACUGCAAAACAGACGCUGUUCCCGAAAGGGGGCAGUUUGGUAGGAUGAAACUCCUGCAGUUUUGUGAGAAUCACCGCCCUGCCUACUGGGGCACGUGGAACAAGAAAACCGCUGUGAUCCGGCCCAGGAAUCCGUGGUCAAAGGACAGUAAACUCCUGGACUACGAAGUAGAUAGUGAUGAAGAAUGGGAAGAGGAAGAACCUGGAGAAAGUCUCUCCCAUAGCGAAGGGGAUGAUGAAGAGGAGGGAGAAGACGAAGAUGAUGACGAUGGGUUUUUUGUACCCCAUGGGUACCUAUCUGAAGAUGAAGGAGUGACAGAAGAGUGCGAUCCAGAAAAUCAGAAGGUUCGUCAAAAGCUGAAAGCAAAGGAGUGGGAUGAGCUGCUGGCCAAGGGCAAGAGGUUCCAUGUUCUACAGCCCCUGAAAAUUGGCUGCGUCUGGGAAAGCGCGGGGAACAACGGUGGCACGGACGCGGACCUGAAGGUUCUCCAGCAGUUCGCGGCGUGUGUCCUGGAUUCUCCUGUCACAGAGGAAGAACAGCAGAUACAGAAAUGUAGCAAAAAAAGAGUGAGAGAUCAGCAAAUCCUCGGCCAGCUUCUGCCGCUGCUGCACGGCAACGUGAACGGGAGCAAAGUGAUCAUCCAGGAAUUCCAGGAGUGCUGCCGGCAAGGACUGCUCAGCGAGGUGACCGCAGGGGCCGACUGCAGCGACGCCAGCCCCCACGCCUCGCGGCCGCAGACGCCCAUCGGUGAGGACAGCGGCGUCCCUUCCAAAGCCAGGCUAAAACGCAUCAUUUCUGAGAACUCUGUGUACGAGAAGAGACCCGAAUAUCGGAUGUGCUGGUACGUCCACUCCGAGGUGCUGAAGAGUUUUCAUCAAGAGCAUCUCCCUGUCCCUUGUCAGUGGAACUACGUCACCCAAGUCCCUUCCUCGGGGAGGGAGGAGGGCGGCAGCGUGGUGAGCGCGGCCGUCCCGCAGACCACCCCCACGUCGGUCAAGAGGAAGCCCACCAGGAGCAUGUCCAUCACGAAAUUCAUGAAAAGGCCUCGGGAUGCCGAACAGGCUGAAGCUGCAGAGAUGGAUGGAUUUCAGGCAGACACCGAGGAAGAUGAGGAAGACGAUGACUGCAUGAUUGUGGAUGUACAGCCAGGCAAAGGUUCUAUGUUGGCCGUUCCUGAAACAGCUUCAGAAUCCAGCGGUACAAGAGCUGCUCGCCGGGACGCCAGCAUGGUCAGCCCAUCUAAUACAGUUUGAGACUUAAAUGCCUACUAACUUCUCUCUGUAUGUAUGUAGAAUGAGUUAGAAAAUUUUAAAGCUUGUGUAUCUUUGAACAAGAUACUCGAAAGUAUUCCGUAUUUCUUGUAAAGAGAAGACAGCACUUUGUUCUGCUUCAGACCAGAUGGAAGCUUGAAUUUUUAGAUCUAGCUUUUAGCUUUAAAAAGAAAAAAAAAACCUGCAUAUUAAUCUGUUCUUAAUAAAGCAUUAUUGAAAUUUUGA